UAAGGAGUGUCUCACUCUCACUCAAUCUACAUUAUCAUUACUCCAUUAAUUAACGCAACAAAAAAUCCAACCCUAAAAAAAAAUCUAAAUGGCCGCACCACUUCUUCUAAGACAAGCUCUGUUACUUCGCGCUUGUUUCCAUAACUACAAACACUUCACCGUCAGAACCGUUACGGCGCGCCACCGGCUAUGGUGCAGCGCCGCCGCCAUCAAUCCACCGUCGGAAAAACCAAACGACAAACCUAACUCCGUUAGCAACACGUUAAACCGGAGAGAUGUUUUCCCGUCGAGUAACUUCCGUUUGGAGGAUGAGGAAUCUGAUUAUCGAAAAUGGAAGGAUAAAGAAGAUGAGAUUUUCAAUGAUAUUGAACCUAUUAUUGUGCUUACUAAGGAAAUUCUUCAUUCAUCAAAGUAUAUGGAUGGAGGGACAUUAACUUUGGAGGAUGAGAAAACUGUAGUGGAAAAGCUUCUUGCUUAUCAUCCACACUCUGAAGAUAAGAUUGGAUGUGGUCUUGAAUCCAUUAUGGUUGACCGUCAUCCCCAAUUUCGACACUCAAGGUGUCUUUUUGUUGUAAGAACUGAUGGUGGCUGGAUUGAUUUCUCAUAUCAGAAGUGCCUUCGAGAAUACAUUAAAAAGAAGUACCCUGCUCAUGCUGAAAGGUUUAUUCGAGAACACCUUAAGCGCGGGAGUAGUUGAUGUAUAUAUAGUGGAAUCAUUUACUUUUAUAUGCAAGUAUCUGAUAUUGUGACUACUUCACACAUAUAUCCCCCUCAUCCCACAGUUUUUCGGUGGCUUACACAGAUUGUCAAUUGUAGCAGAUAAUCAUUGAUUGCAACAUCAAGCUUGUUUAGAAGGGAAUGUAAAAUAAUUGAACCGAAAACUUUACUUCGUACACUUGCGGAACACUUUGCUGGGGAUGAAGAAAUUGGUUAUUGGGUGAGUGGUAGGCAGUGAGGAAUGAAAUUUUGUUGCUUUACCACCUCCCUCUGUAUCAUAAGAAAUUCACUACUAUUCAUGUCCUUUUUCAGUCUUGCAACAUUUUAAAAUGUUUCAUGGUC